UUUCAUCCGUUGGCUCAAGAUUUCCCUAUAAAUAGGGUCGUUACUCUUCCUUCCCCUCCUCUUAUCACCUUUCUACCCAUCACCGCUGUAUGCCGUUGGCAUUAUCACCCUUUCAAUGGCGACUGUCUCUACUGCCUCCAUUAGGUUCGUUAAUUCGCUGAAGCAGUCGAUUAGUAGUGACCGGGUGACUCUGAGGAACUCCAGUGUAAAGGUUCUUUCUGUGGUUUGGAGCAGGAAUGGCUUCCCUUCCUUAAGGUCCUCGCGCUUCAGUGUCUGCUGCUCGGCUAAACCUGAGACAAUACAAAAGGUAUGUGAUAUUGUGAAGAAACAAUUGGCAUUGCCUCAAGGAUCUGAGGUCACCCCUGAUUCCAAGUUCUCGGCACUAGGUGCUGAUUCUCUGGAUACGGUGGAGAUAGUGAUGGGUCUGGAGGACGAGUUUGGGAUAAGUGUGGAAGAGGAGAAUUCUCAGAACAUCACAACUAUCCAAGAAGCAGCUGACUUGAUUGAGAAAUUGGUCCAGAAGAAGGCAUAAGCUUAGAGAGAGAGAGAGAGAAAAGUUUUUUUAUUAUUAGAGGAACAAGAUUGUGUGGUGCAUAAUUGCAGUUUCCUUCAUUUGUUACUGCCUGGUUUAUCAGGUCAGCAUUCAUAUUUAUGAAGAACAGUGUGUGCAAACCUUCCGUGAAGUGAGUAUGAUUGCCAAGGAUUGUAUGCCUUGAACAAAGCUUCUGUGAA